AUUGCCUGAUCUCUCUCCUGCCUCAACGGUGGACUAGCUGAUGAGAUACGAUGCCAUGGAAAUACAUAAUUACUGGAUGGGUGCGAGUUUCAUUUAUUUCUUUCCCUAUUUCUUCCUCACAUGUCAAGGGAAGACGGUGUCUGGUGUUGGGGUCGAUCGAUAUACGUAUUGCAACAGAAGAAUAACUAUGAAUGUAUCUGUCUAACGGGCAUCAUCACGGGGUUUCUAGUAACCACAUGCAAAGGAAUAUAAUUGGACAUGAUUAGUCUCUCG